AGUCUUAUUUCGGUAGGCGGCGAGGAGCGCGUGGGUCGUUUGUAACAAAAAGAGAUAUUGGCUCGUGACGACGCAGUAUGCUGGGCGCGGGUGAAAAUAUACGUCAGUGGGCGGCAAUAGACUAGCAGAUGACACGAGUAUGAGCAGCAGAAAAGAGGGGAGAAAAAUCUAUGCAAGAGCAAUGAGAGACAGGGUGAGUGGACCGCCUAGCGUGGUCCCGACUAUCGGUUUUUAUCGCUGCGAUGCGGUCCAUCAUGAUGUAGCGAUGAGCCAGCCAGGCAGCUCGCCUGGCACCACAUUAGCCCCUCCCCCUGGUCCAGCGUCCUACUGCAAACUUACGUUUUUGUUUGCGUGCCGGGUGGGGAGGCCCAAAUACAUCGUGGGUGAAUGUACUCUUUCGACGAUCGCUCGUAAUACAGCAGUUUCCCACUGCCCCCUUUUGCAUUCCCACUCUGCGCUGCCUAGCUCGGCUCAGUGGAGAUUGAGGAUGAAUUGCACGUUACUUGCACAGCAGAUUCGCUUGUCCCGAACGCUUCAUGGAUGUCCAAGUCCAAGAAUACACCAAGAGUGGGAUCCACACUACUUUUGGCCACCCCUUUCCCUUUUCCGCAUUCCCUCAGCACGCUGCGGCAGCAAGCGGCAGCCGCUGCAGCUAGUCGAAUGGAAAAAAGUGAGGGGGUGGUCACCAGUGGGGUGCCACCACCCCUUGGCCUUCCCUGUGCAACAUUUUCGCUCCAAUCACCG